AUGAAAAUAUAUUAUGAUAUCAUUAUAUGCUCUGUUGUAUUUUCAAUGAUAUUAUGCUAGUGCUUGAAUGGGGAAAUUUAUAAUAUAUUGUCUUAAUAGUGCUUGAAAUGUUCUAGCAAUUGCUAACAAUGCUUUAAUACUAAUGAGGACAACUGUAUAAAAUGUCAAACUGGCACCUUUAAUAGUAUAUAAAAUAACAUUUAAUGUACUUAAACUUGUCUAUAAGGCUAUAUAAAUACACAAAACUAAUAAUGCGUUUAAUGCUUAGUCGAAGGAUGUAUAUAAUGUGAUGCUAGCUAAAAUUGCUUAAAAUGUGAAGUUAAUUUAUAACUCAGUUAAGAAAAUAAUAAAUGCAUUUUAAAAUAAAACUUUUGUGAAUCAAAUGUUGAAUUUAUUGAACUCUCUUUUACACAAAAUCAAUGUUAAAAAAUAUGCCCCUCUUUCACUUAUUAAAAUUUUGAAACUCAUCAAUGCGAAAUAGUGUAAGUAAACUCAUUUUUAGGCAAUUAGUACUUUAUUAGAGGUAAUUAAUGCUAAUUCGCGCUGGUCAACUAAAAUUUAGAGAUAAUCAAUUCAAAUAUUCUACAAAAUUUAAAUAAUUUUGAAGAAAUUUACAUGUAAUAUGGGGUAGAAGUUUAAUAAAAAAGCUUUAUAGUAGGGAAUUAUGGUGGAUGCUUAGCAUUUAACAGCUUAGUUAUUGUGAAUUUCUUUACAUUCUAAACUGUUUAUUCAGAGACAGGGUUUUAGAAUGAUCUUAAUGUAAAUUAUAUUGAUAAUGAUAACUAAAUUGUAUUUUUAACAUGUACUAAUUGCAACCAAAUAAUUGUUUUUGAUGGAAUUAGUUCACAAGUAAGUAAGCUGCUAAUAGAUUAAUCUCCAUCAUAUAUACUAUUUUAAAUUUAAACUAAAUAAUAUAUGACUUAUUACACAAGAGAUACUUAAUUGAAGAUUAUUUAAGGAUAAUAACAUAAGAUGGAUAAGCAUAAAUAAAAUUCGAAUAACUAGUGA